AGCGCUUUCAGCAUUCUACGUUUACACUUGUGCACCGUCAUUUACUACGUUCUAGCACUUUCGUCGUCCUUUCUGACAUCAUGCUUUGUCCCCUAUAUAAGAAACAGUAUAUGGUCUUGGAUGUUUAGAAUCACUCGUCGUUUUGCAUCCGUAACGCAACUCUCAUCUCAUAACACUACUACGACAUGUCUAUUGCUCGUCAAUUCCUUCGCGAGUUCCGACCCCUCUUCAGAUUGCUUGAAGAGCCUUUUGGAGGUUCGCCUCGAUAUGGCCGCCUCGCUCGUCCAGCAGGUAGUUUCUUCGAAGACCCUUUGCUCUUCUCACCUCGAGCACUCCGACCUGCGGUGGACGUAACAGAGGAGGGAAACAAGUACAUCAUCGAAGCGGAACUUCCAGGUGUCAAGAAGGAAGAUGUAGAGGUCCGCGUUGGUGACGGUGGUCGCAGCUUAACAAUCGAGGGAAAGAUUGUGGAUAGGCGGACAUAUCCUGCGGCUGGUGCACAACCCUCGGAAAAGGCUGGGGCUGAAGUAACAGCAGCACAACAGAAUCUGAUCGCAACGGAGCGGGAGUUCGUCGGGAACACGACCUUCACUCGCACUGUCCUGCUACCACAGCCAGUCAAGGCUGAAAAUGUCGUUGCUAAACUCAAGGAGGGUGUCCUUACUGUCGCUGUACCCAAAGCGGAGGAUUCUGGCUCGGUGACCAUCCCUGUUGAGUGAAGCAUUUUUAUUGGAUGGUGGCCUGCGUAUAUGCGAUGGAAGGGACACAAUUGGAACUGUAUCAUAGUGAAGCUACCGCCACACUGUAUUUUGUAUCAUAUCUUAUAAUAUGACUAUAUGUCCCUCCUAUUAUUGUGCUAAGAAUGAGAGAAUCGACCUAAGUUUUGAGUACUGUGGAAAGUCAAAACCUGGCUGCAGACGCUCUCACGAGGACAGGACGCGCUUCGUGAACUUGCGCUCGGAAGACGUAGCGAGAUGGGUACCGCCAACAGCACUCCUUUUCUGCCUUCCUGCCGCCAUCCACCCUCGUCCUCAACCCUUCCCUCGCCUAAAAUUCACUCGACAACUACCGCCGCAGAUAUUGC